AUGCCCAAAAACAAGAUUGUUGUGAAACCAAAAGACUGUGAUACUGACAAUCCAGACGAUUUAUUGUCUCCCUGUUUUCAAAUUAACUCUAACGUAGAACUUAAGGAUAUUCCAACUACAGGUGAAGAAUAUUUAUUAAAAGUUAUAAAAGAACGCGAAAAUUAUUCACAAGUGACGAAGUGUGACAAAGAUUAUUCAAAAUUCGCUAAAAAUCAGUCUUGUUUUGUGAAUGAGCUUCCACUAGCAAAAGUUCCCGAUAAUCUCAAACCAACUAUAGAAUGGCAAAAUAUACAAGUUGCUGAUUUUUCAGAUGUUCGAUUGUAUAUAUCUCGUUUAUUAGCAAAUAAAUCACAUUGGCCAAAUUGCAUAAAAGUUGUAGAAAUUGAUCAAGAUAAUUUAAUAGGAUGGAGGAAAUUCUUUGAAAUAAAUGAACCAACACUAUCUUGUGUUCUUGGAUUACGCUAUACUUUACUAGAUCGUGCUUUAGAAGUUCUUACUGACAUUAUAGAUGAUGUGGAACCAGGAAAAACAAUAGACUAUAAAACAGGUCAAUGGAUUUAUGCUUUUCUUGCUUGCACAAGGCAGCCUCUUCUGUCAGACACUACAAGUAUAUUAAGAAAUUUAGCUAGAAAAUGUGCAGAAAUCAGGUCACACCUAAACCCAGAGGCAGAAAAUAUAAAAGAAGCAGUUGCUCCAUUAAAUAUUUUUAUAUGUUUGGUGUCGCGAUAUUUCAGACAAUACGAUUUAGCUGAUUAA